AUGCCAGCCAGAAUCAGCGACGAUGCCUUGCCUGAACUUGAGAGCCUAGCAGCAUGGGUUUCUCAGAGCGCCGAGAUGAAGGAAGAGAAAGGAAGCCAAAAUCUUUUGGAAUGUGUGGACAAAGAUCGAGAAGCGAAAGCACGGCCGUUGAUGGAGAAGCUGGGAUACGCUACAAUACAGUACCAUUUGGCCUUACUGUUUCGCAUAUGCGGAAAGACCUCAAUUGGAAAACCCCAAAACGAUAAGCGAACGUUGUUAUUCUUUCCUCUGUCUGGAGAAGUGGAGGUUGCCGGCGAAGUCCUUAUACCAGGCAUGUACAUUCAGCUCACGAAGAAGUUGGAUCUUGACGCACAUUUAGACUGCCUGAUCAUCGCUCUACCAUAA